CACCUUUGUAACAAAAGCAACAUCAAACUCUGUCUCAAAAUGAAGUUCACUUCGUCCGCUGCCGCAAUCGCCCUCCUCGCCGCGCCAAUGGCACAGGCCCUUCCUCGGACCAACAUGCCUCAGAUAUCCGGACACCCGAUCCGUGACGUCGAGCGCCUUGCAGAACUCGAGGCCCUGCACAACACGACCCUGAGUAAGCUUAUGGAGGGCGAUUAUCAGCCAGUCGCUCGUCGGGCAGGCUCAGCUGCUGGCGAGAACAACCUUGACAAACGUGUUACUCUGAUUCUUGGCGUCUCGGGCAUGGUGCUUGUGGAGGUCGCCAAGGAGGUCGCGCCCUUCCUCGGCGAGAUUGCAAAUUCGAUUGCGGGAGCUGUUGGUGAUAUGAAAGACCAGGUCUGGCACGACGAGACCAAGUGCCGGACAUACUUCCAGACACACGCUGGCGGGGAGGAGGAGAUUCGUACCUACAACCGCGGAUCCAGCGGUGCCACUGCCACGCACAAUCUCAACGCUGGCUGGGUUGAUCCUGAGAACAAUGCCCCGCCCGUCCACUACUUCAAGGACGACCAAGGCAUGGGCGAGUACAGUGUCCAGUUUACCGCCACGGACAGUCACGCCUGGGGCGGCAUCGAGGGAACUACAAAGUGCUCGAUCCAGGGCCUGUGCCACCCGCAGUACAUCUUCUACAGGGAUGGCUACAACAUUGUCCUGGAUACCUGGAAGUCUGAGGGUCGCGUGUCAGCCUGCCAGUACUCGGGCGGCGAAGACUGCGCAGGCCUGUGCGCUUUCGGAGUCAAGGACCAGUUCUCCAACAACGGCGUCAAGUGGGGCGGUGACUGCGCCGUGCCUUGCGCUGACCAGGGCGGCCUUCCUGAUUCUAGCGUCGAGAGCAAGUAGACGCACCCUUGUAAUAUUGUGGCUCCAGGAAGUGUUGAGACUUAUCCCCACACAUGCUGAAGUUUACGGCUUGUAGCGAUGGGUUGCUGUCUGCAUGGAGAACGCUGGAUGCUCAUCGACGUCCUUGUCUAUUUCGACAGCCUUGUAUCCGCUGCCUGUUCCGCUCGUUGUAUUAUUUUUAGACAGCCUUCGCUGGGCUUUCUGUCAUUCCAUAGACUUGUCUGUAUUUCUGCUUGUC